AUGUCCUUGACCGACCCUGUGAGAAAAGAGCUUGAGAAAGCUUUGCUGGACACUUCACAAGGCUUGCUUGGCCAAUGGAGACAUGUGUUGGAUGUGCUGCUCUCCAACAAUGUGGCAUUCAAAGCCAAAGUCUCAGUGACCAGCUUGCUGGUCCACCCACAGAACAGAGGAGGAAGUGGCCUGCAACCUUUUGGUAUGCACCAUAAGGGGGCCAAGAUAGUGCAAUGUGGUGCCAGUUUGGAUCAGCUGAUUGGGUCAGUGCGCUUUGAAAUGCACCCUUCAGAAGAGAACAGGAGCAAACAAAUAGACUUCAACCGGCAGCUGGUUGCUUCUAGCAAUGGGUUGAUGUCACCCAUUUUGGGUGGUGAAAGGUAUGUGACAGUGUCUUCGACACACACAUCCCAGUUUUGCAAAGCCCUGCUAAAUGGCUGUAAGACACCAGAAGAGAGCCUCCAGGACAGCAAUGGAAACUUGAGCUUGGAAAUGCUUGGCAAAGACAGUGUGCUCAAACAGAUGGCAUCUGAUGGCUGGGAGUGGAUUGUCAUUCCCUGGUACGUUGAAGAUGCUUUCCCCAAGCUUCCAGGCACAAUUGCUGAUGCACUGAACAGUGUCAAUGGCAUCUUCGAAGCCCAAGGAGAACUAGAGCUUGCAUUGACAAUUGCCAAUGCAGCUGUGGGGGCAGAUGCCUUUGAGUGGGAUGAGCUGGCUACUUCUUGCUGCACCUCUUCACAAGUGGCUGGCUAUGCCAAGUGGAUAGGCAAGUUGGUCAAGAACCUUGGUGGUGGCAAAGAGCAAGGCUACCCCUUGAUCAAGUUUGCGCAAGAGUUUCAAAAGCAGUUUGGGAACUCCUGCUUUGUUGGCAAGGAAUUCUUUGUCAACUUACUGGAUGUCAACUUUGUGCCCACAAGCAUGACCACUUUUGUGAUCGAAACCUUCCCUGUCUCCUACACUCAUGAGCAGAAGGUCAAAUGGCUUGAGGAUACUGAGAGGAUCCAUGGUGUCAGGAAAGACUGA